AUGAGCGCAGCUUCCAAAGCGACAGUCGCGCCGGCAACAAGUGGAGUGGUGAGCGGGGGCCCAAGCUACUUGCCUCUCGCGCUGGUAGACAAGUGCAUUGGAAGCCGCAUGUGGAUCAUCAUGAAAGGCGAUAAGGAGCUCGCCGGCACUCUCCGAGGCUUCGAUGACUUUGUCAACAUGGUGUUGGACGACGUUACCGAGUACACAUUCACCCCCACUGGCGUGAAGAAGACCAAGCUUCAAAGCAUUCUUCUGAACGGCAACAAUAUCACAAUGCUCGUGCCCGGAGGUGAUCCCGAAGAGGCGCAACAAGUGGAAUCCGGGGGCGAUACAGCCGACGCAAAAACCGCGGAGUAG